UUGUUUUUUUUUUUGGUGAAUGCUUCGAAACCAGUGACUAAAAACAUGUUAAAGAGUUUCCAAACCUAAAAACCUAUAGAUUCCAAUUCCGUUGCGUUCCAUCUUUUUUAUUUUGAAUUUCUUCUCCCAAAAAAAGAAAAGAAAAAAAGUUCGAGAAUUUAUAGAUGUAGAAAAUUCACUAAAAAAAAUAAAUAAAAAUUCAGAAACUGCAAAUGGCGAAAUCCACAGAGAAUUCGAAACCCAAUUUGCAUACCUCCUCCUCCUCCUCCUCCUCCUCCGCCAAAGUCCACCCUUCCAACGACCCCGAGAUUGAUCCCUCUUCCUAUUCCCUCGAGAAAUUCAAGCUCUACGAGACCAGAGCGAGGUUCUACCUGAUUGGGAGUGAUCGGAACAAGAAAUGGUUCCGGGUUUUGAAGAUCGAUCGCUCGGAGCCGUCCGAUCUCAAUCUCAGCGAAGACCCUGUUGUGUACUCGCCUCAGGAGAUAAAGAACCUGCUUCAACGUAUCUUGGAGGGAAAUCGUUCCACCGGAGGCUUAAACUUCGUCGCCAAGGUCCAUGGCAUUGCGGGUUGCAUUAAGUUUCUUGAAUCGUAUUAUUUGAUUCUGGUUACCAAACGCCGGCAAAUUGGAAGCCUAUGUGGUCAUGCAGUUUAUGCUAUAGAUGAGACCCAGUUGAUUCCCAUCCCUCAUGUCUCCAUUCAAAGUGAUGUUGCCCAUUCUAAGACUGAGCUACGGUACAAGAAGCUCCUAUCGAGUGUUGAUUUGACUAAAGAUUUUUUCUAUAGUUACACAUAUCCAAUAAUGCAAAGUUUGCAAAAGAAUGUGUUGUCAAUGGGUAAAGAAAGGAUGCCGUAUGAUAAUAUAUUUGUAUGGAAUGCAUAUCUAACGCAAGCAAUUCGAUCAAGAUGCAAUAACACUAUUUGGACUAUAGCAUUAGUGCACGGACAUUUUAAGCAGACUAGAUUAUCAAUAUAUGGGAGGGACUUCAGUGUUUCUCUGGUGUCUAGACGCUCUCGGCAUUUUGCAGGGACACGGGAAGGACCAAAGGAAGACGAGCAACAGACCAGUUACUUGAAAAGGGGGGUCAAUGAUCGAGGCAGGGUUGCAAAUGAUGUGGAGACGGAGCAGAUUGUCCUUGAUGAAGAAGCUGGGUCAUGCAAAGGAAAGAUGAGUUCCAUCGUGCAGAUGCGUGGUUCAAUUCCCCUCUUCUGGUCUCAAGAAGCUUCGCGAUUUAGUCCAAAACCUGAUAUUAUCUUACAGAGAUAUGAUCCUACAUAUCAGGCAACCAAAUUGCAUUUUGAAGACCUUGCGAAUAGAUAUGGAAAUCCAAUUAUUGUGCUCAAUUUGAUCAAGACUGUUGAAAAAAGGCCUCGAGAAAUGAUGCUAAGGCGUGAGUUUGCAAACGCAGUUGGAUAUCUGAAUCAAAUUCUUUCAGAAGAAAAUCAUCUUAAAUUUAUUCAUUGGGACUUCCACAAGUUCGCAAAAAGCAAGUCUGCCAACGUUUUAGCAGUUUUGGGUGGUGUGGCAACUCAAGCACUUGAUUUGACUGGUUUUUACUACAGUGGUAAACCUAACAUUGUUAAACGAAGAGCCAAUCAAUUAAGUCGAACAAGCACUGGGAGGGAUCCUUCAUUAAGAGAUCUGACAGCUAAUUCUGGGGAGGUUGCAAGAUUUGGGAGUGCCAAUGAAACCCUAAAUUCAGCAGUCAAUAGAGAGAGACUGACUGAUGUUAACAGAAAUGAUAAUUUUAGUGGUGAAGCACCACGAUAUCAGAGUGGGGUUCUGCGAACUAACUGCAUUGAUUGCUUGGAUCGUACAAAUGUUGCCCAGUAUGCUUAUGGCCUUGCAGCUUUAGGCCGCCAACUCCAUGCAAUGGGUUUAACAGAUGUGCCCAAGGUGGAUCCUGAUAGUAGCAUUGCUGCUGCUCUUAUGGAUAUGUACCAAAGCAUGGGGGAUGCUCUUGCACAGCAAUAUGGUGGCUCUGCAGCUCAUAACACUGUAUUUCCUGAGAGGCAGGGAAGAUGGAAAGCCACUGCCCAGUCUAGAGAAUUUAUAAAGUCUAUUAAGCGAUACUACAGUAAUACUUACACAGAUGGUGAAAAGCAAGAUGCUAUAAAUUUAUUUUUGGGUUACUUCCGACCACAGGAAGGGAAACCUGCCCUAUGGGAGCUUGAUUCUGAUUACUAUCUUCAUGUAUCUGGGAUUGGAGAAGACCUUUUUCUUGAAAAGUGUUCAAAUGAUAAUGCUACGCAUGAAGGGUGGGCUGGAAUCACUCUUGCCCCUAUUCCAGCUUGCAGAGAAGACUUCUUUCGAAUGAAGUUAACAUCAUUUGAUAAAUUGAUUGAGAGAACAUGUAGUUCAAUAAAGAAUGUAAGGCUUUGCAGUGAACCUGAUCAAAGACCAGCUUUUGGUACAGGAAGUACUGGUGUGGCACCUGAUGCAGCUGAAAUACAGCUCAGAAGUCCAAAUUGGCUAUUUGGUCAGAGAAAGUAUGAAGAAAGUGGUUCUGCACCGAAAGCUGCUACAGGGGAAAUCACAAAUGGAGUAUCUGGGGAUGAGACAGGAGUUGAUUGUUUAUGUAACUUGGAUUGGCUUCCAUCUGGUGGUGAAGAAAAUGAAGAGGAUGUCUUCCACAGGUACCUUGCAAUGACAUCUGUAGAUGAAGCUAAUGGUUGGUAUGGUGGAACACUACUUGGUGAUCAAGAUGAAAGCAGUGAGAUUUAUAAGCACUAUGCUGAGUUAUGCCAGGGACCUGCCAUGGAGCCUUUCCAAAAUGAUACGGAAAAAGAGAAGCACUAUGCUGAGGUUCUUCAGAUGGGCACAAUUGAUAUUGUAGAUGAUCCUGUUGUUGAAGAAGAAAUGGAAGCAGCUCUCCAGGAGUACAAUCAAAUUGGUUCUGAUCUGGGGAUUAUCCCUACAUCUUGCAAAUCUCUUGCAGAAGAUCCAAGUUGGUUGACGAGGUGGAUCAUUGGGGAGGAGAAGGUGCAAAGGGUUUGAGAAAAGAAGCAAAGCUGUUUUCCUUUGUUUAUAUUACCAAUGUUUCUCUAACAUCCGACUUAUUCUUUAAGUGAACAUUCCCAUCCAACCACAACCGAAAAAAGAAAAAAGAAAAAAAAAAAAGGGAAGUAGUAGAGGCAAGUUUUAUUGUGCUAACCAUUUUGAUUUUGAGUUUUAGCGGUGGCAUGUAACACCGCUUCCUGCUGUAUUUUGUACAUAUUACUAGUAUACAUGUACAAGUCCUAUGCUUCAGACUCCUUGUGUCUGUGUCGUGUGAUUAUUCCAGGAUUCCUUGAAUGUUUUAUGUUUUCUCGGGUAAAUAGAAUUUCUUGAAUGCUUUUUUU